AUGGAUGCCCCUCCGCCGAAAUUGAAAAUUCACAAGUCGUCGCGCAAGCGUCGCGCCUCUCAGCCCACACCUAGAAGCUCCAAGAAGCCCGCUCUUUCUUCGGAAUCGGUGUCUGCCGACAAGCGAAAGGACAGUCAGUUGCAACCACCUCACGCAUCUUCCAAGACUGCGGCUCAGCCUGUUGUACUCGGCUCAGCUAGCAAGAUCGCCAAGACAACUCAGAGGAGCGCUUCUUUCGUGGCACCAACUCUCAAUAGCAAAAAAGAGAAGACAUCUACCCAGAGUGUCGUCAAAAUCCAACCUGGCCAGUCAUUUAUGAAAGGCCUGAAGCCAAACCUGGAAGAGCUUUCUGAGUCUAGCAAGAAAACACAGGCCACCGAGAAAGAAAUGAAGCCCGAGGACAAGCGAACUGCAAGCGAGAAGAAUAUCUUUUCCAACGAAGCUGCUCGCCGUGUUGUCGCUAGUGACCAAGAGGGCACAUCCUCGGAGUCAGCCACCUCGAGCGAUUCGACCGACAGCGAUUCCGAAAACUCAGAUAGCUCUGAGAACUCUGAGAACUCGGACCGGCCAAUCACGUCUGCCAAAGCGAUGAAUGUUCCUGUGGAGAAGAAUCGCCCCGAAAAGGAGAGUCACUGCCCAGUGGUCUCCACUCAAGAAUUUUUGCAUUUCAGCCCUGUGCAACUCGCACAAGGACGCGCCAUAACCACUCGCCAUGUUGAGACCUUUGUCGAUGGGGGAAAAGACAAGCAUUAUCACGAUUUGAAGCUUGAGCCAUUGGCGGGACCAUCAAACUUCGCUUCUUGGAUGAGCGGCAUCGGGGUUCUUCUUGCAAUGCACCAGGUUUCGUUCAUUGUUCGUGGUGACUUUGUCCCUCUUGGGAAGACUGAUCCCUUGUACAUUUGGUAUGACCAUGCAAUCUCUGUGGCAACGGGACUGAUCUAUGCACAUGUCUCCCAGAGGGUCCGCGAGAACUCCUGCUUUAUGGAGGCAGUAUUCCAUCGAAAUCCAGAAGCCAUGUUGAGAUCCAUUCGAGCGCACUUUGGCGAUGAUGAAUGUGCGACGAAGGGGUUUGAAAUCUUGGAGGGAUGA